AUGCCGUUGGAUCUCUCAUUAUAUCUGGUCACGGACUCGACCCCUGCCAUCCUCAAGGGUCGUGAUCUGUGUACCGUGGUGGAAGAGGCCCUCAAAGGAGGUGUGACGGUGGUUCAGUACAGAGAGAAAACGAGCGACACCGGGGAACAGGUGCAGACGGCUAGAAAGCUGCACCAGAUUACUCAGAAGUAUGGGGUUCCCUUGUUGAUCAACGACCGAGUGGACGUGGCUCUUGCUGCGGGAGCUGAAGGAGUUCACCUUGGCCAGGAUGAUAUGACUAUCCAAGAGGCCAAGAAGCUUUUGCCCAAAGAUGCCAUCAUUGGUAUUAGCGCGGGUAACAUCGAGGAAGCCCAAAAAGCCGUUGAUGCUGGUGCCGAUUAUCUCGGAAUCGGAGCGAUGUUCGCGACUCCAACGAAAACCAAUACGAAACAAAUUCUUGGAACGACUGGCACUCAGACUAUUCUUAACGCCAUUGCAGACUCUGGCCUCUCUGUCGGAACCGUUUCCAUUGGCGGUAUCAACCUCUCUAAUGUGCAACGAGUCUUCUACCAGUCCAAGUCUCCUAAGAAGGGAUUGGAUGGCGUCGCCAUAGUCAGCGCUAUCAUGGGAGCUGAAGAUCCCAGGGCUGCUGCGGAGGCUUUCGUCAAACACAUCGCUACUCCACCACCUUUCGUGCGUGGCCCGGCACCCCAGGCUCGAGAGGUCUCUGCCCUGGUCGAAAAUGUGCCACACAUAGUCCAGAAGGUUGUUCAGGCUCAUCCUUUGGUACACAACAUGAUCAACUUCGUUGUAGCGAACUUCGUAGCUAAUGUUGCCCUUUCCAUGGGCGCAUCACCGAUCAUGUCACCCUACGGCGAUGAAGCCGUUGAUCUCGCUCAGUUCGAUGGCGCUUUACUCAUCAACAUGGGCACCUUGACCAGCGAGAGCGUUCCCAACUAUCUCAAAGCUAUCAAGGCCUACAACUCUCGCGGCAACCCUGUCGUCUAUGACCCUGUCGGAGCAGCUGCUACCCAUAUCCGACGCGGAGCGGUUAAGCAGCUCAUGGCAGGCGGAUACUUUGAUCUUAUCAAGGGCAACGAAGGAGAGAUUAGGCAGGUCUAUGGAAGCAGUGGCGUGACACAACGUGGCGUCGACAGCGGGCCAAGCAAUCUUGAUAGCCAAGCGAAGGCUACAUUGGCUCGGGAUCUGGCUCGGAGAGAACAUAAUGUCGUUCUUCUAACCGGCGCUGUCGACUAUCUCAGCGACGGAGAGCGAGUGUUGGCCGUUGAGAACGGACACAAGCUGCUUGGACAGGUUACGGGAACUGGUUGCGCCGUUGGCACCGUCUCUGGCUGCUUCCUAACCACCCACCCGACCGACAAACUCCUCGCUGUUCUCUCCGGUAUUCUGAUGUACGAAAUUGCAGCCGAGAAUGCGGGCUCCAAAGAUCAUGUUCGCGGACCUGGAAGCUUCGUGCCUGCAUUCCUCGACGAGCUGUAUGCCAUCCGCCAGGCCGCUCUGAAGGGCGACCAUAGCUGGAUUGCAGGACGGACUAAGAACCCAUCAAUGAGAUUUAUGCCUCAGGCAUCUGAAUGUCAAACGUUCCCCGCACGGCGCAUCUUCUCCUCGCGGACUUCCCCGCCCGACUUCCUCCGUUGCAACUCUCUAUUUCAAGUCAGUCAUUUCCCUCCUUUCGUCCGCCACAAGGCUUAUACGCCCGAAACCACGAAUCUCGGUCUAGCAUUGAACCUCGAUAUACAUCGCGCAUAUCAAUCUAUUCACAAUGGCGUCUAUUUCACGAGCAGCUCGUAUCCAAUCCCCACCACCACCAAAAUGCUCAAAGCCAGCAAAGCCCUCUCGAUCCCAACCUUCAUCACCACGCAAAGCCGCUCGAAACUCGGCGACACGAUUUCCGAGCUCCAACCACACCUCGAGGGCCCACACAUCCGCGCCAACAUCGACAAGACUCUAUUCUCGAUGAUCACGCCCGAAAUAGACGCCCUCCUACCUAAGGGCCCCUUUACCGGCGACGCCGGGAAACCGCUGGACGCGAUCAUCGUCGGCAUCGAGACGCAUAUCUGCGUGACGCAGACGACGCUGGACUUGCUGGAGCGGGGACACAGGGUGUACGUGCUUGUGGAUGGGGUGAGUAGUGUGAAUGCGGAGGAGAGGGGGAUUGCGUUGGCGAGACUGCGUGAUGCGGGGGCGAUCGUGACGAGUAGUGAGAGUAUCUUGUUUGAGAUGUUGGGGGAUGCGAAGCAUGAGCAGUUUCGAGGGGUGAGUGGGUUGGUGAAGGAGAUGAAGGAGGAGACGAAGGGGUCGUUGGAGGUGUUUUCGAGGAUUUGA